AUGGACGAGUAUCGAUGUCCAAAGAUUGCUGACUUUGGUUUGUCAAAGCUAAGGGGCAUUGAUAUGAAUGUUUCAGAAGAAGAAAUCUUCGUCACAGAUUGGGUCUACGACUGUUUUGAUGCUGGUGCACUCGGUAAGCUAGUUGGUGAUGAAGAGGUGGACAAAAGAAAACUGGACAGGAUGAAAUUUGCCCUUUUGUUUUUUGUGUUUGACAUCUUACCAUCUAACAAGAGUUUAUUUGCAGACAAAGUAGGUCGUCCAAUCAGCACAGCCAUUUACUUCUUGCUGCCAGCUGGGAGCGUUGCAUGUCUCCAUCGUAUACCAUGUGCAGAAACCUUUCAUUUUUACAUGGGAGAACCUCUCACUGUAUUGGUGCUUAGAGAAGAUGGAGUGACGAAGAUGACUGUACUGGGUCUUGACCUGGAAGCUGGUGAGCGACCACAGUACACAGUACCUCCUAAUGUUUGGUUCGGUACAUAUCCAACAAAGGAUAUAUCUGUAUCUCCAGAUGGUAACUUUAUCAAGGCUCCAAGAAGGGAUGCUGAGAACCACUACUCUCUUGUUGGAGUCACUUGUGCACCAGCGUUUCAAUUUCAGGACCCUGAAUCAGCAAAUUGUUUGGAACUUAUUGCACGUUUUCCUGAAAUGGAGUUCUUGAUCUCUUACCUCACAUCCCAUAACUGAAGAUUGUCCGGAUUAUAGUUGUGGGAACCUAAUAUUUUGGUCAUGUUUGCCUCAUAUAUUGUAUGUGUUUCUUUUGGUGGUUGCUGCAUAGUGCUCAAGUUGCAUAGUCAACAAUGAACCACAAGGAACAGGGCGCCGCACAUGGUUAGUGCACCUACAAGCAAUAAAAAUAUGAUUACAGAACCUAGUGGAAAUCUUGUUGCAGGGGAAUCACAAUGCCUAUGAAUGGAGUACUAUCUGUUCAUCAGAAACAGUUCCAACCAAGUAAAGAAAGUGGAGCAAAUCAGUUGAAAUUUGAAUCUACAUUGUUUAUCUUUCAUGAUGGAUAUUAUCAAUGUGCAGAAAACAUUGCUUGCCAGGUUGAUGCAUUUGGGAGAUUAAUUUUUUUUUUCUUAUUCA